AUGACAGCGGAAAGAAUUGUAGCAGGUUAUGUAGCUGCAGUUCCCAAGGGCGUCUCUCAUCGCUUCGUUGGACUGGAUGCUCCUUCGAAAAAGCGAUCACUCAAUAGUCAGCAAAUAUUCCAGGGGCUUUACUGGACUCUUGAAGGGAACACUCCAACUAUUGCGUUCGUAGCUACCCAUUAUAAUGCAGACUUUUUGGAGCAUUACCUUGCUGGCGAUCUUGUUGCCCGUGGGUACGGCUUUCUUGGGUGGAACACUAGAUUUCGAGGCCUUGAAGACCUUUUUAUUCUGGAAGCUACGGUGGAAGAUAUCGGUGUCGGAUGUCGCUGGCUGAAGGAUAUUGCCGGCAAUGAUCCGGUUAAAACUGACCCUAGUCUGGGCAUGUACCAUGCGGCCAAUGGACCCCCAUAUUCACAGGAAUUUAUUCAACCGUAUCGGGCAGCCCCAGUAGACAAAAAUCAUCGUAUUACUCAGUGGGUAAAACAAGAGCUCCAGCGGUUGAAUGAUGCGGGUGUCCCCGAUCGAAUCUUCCUUAUACAUCGAACGAUAGCAGAUUUAAGAUCCAUGAACGCGACAAUCGAUCAAUCAGAUCGACCAGUUCCUAGCUGCUAUUUUGGCGAUCCAGUCCAAGCAAAUUGUGGCAUUGGUCUUGCAGGUCACUCUAGUUCUUUACACACCUGGCUAUCUUUGUGGAGCUUACAGGAGUCGGAAAACAAAUUCGAAGUCUUCGCAACCAAUUGGGAUAUACUAACAGCUGCUAUUCAGGGAACGGCAGGUAUUGGAGUGUUCAACUCAGAUGCUCGCAACAUCUUUAAUAACCUUAUGACCAAAGACAAGGAAUUGCACUUGAUCCCAGGCGGGCACUUUUUUGACGAUAGUGAACAUACCUACAAUGGGGAAUAA